GUUAUCAAUUUUGUCUUUCAUUCUCAGAUGGAGCCAGCUGUGCUGUUUUCAAAAGGCGCGUGGAAACCGAAGUGAACUUCCUAAAAAUACGCGCAGCAAAAUCCUUACUUUAAAGGAGGUACAGUUGAUACAUCAGAGCGUACGAACCGAACUUUUGUAAGAUGAUCUACACCCGGUCGACGUGAAAACGAAUCAGGUGAGCAUAUUCGUUUAUGUCGGUGAAGAUUAGAGAAACGUCUCGGUUAGUAAGUGACCGAGCAUGCAAUUUAGUUUCCUCGUCUGACAGAAGAGGGAAAAGACGAGGCGCGCGCGUUGGGCGCGUAAUUGAAACCGGAGAAGGGAAGAUAGUUGGGUCGGUCAAAGGGAAAUACGGUGGUGAGGAUGGCUAUGGAGGUUUUCUCUGAUUAUCGGUAGCGGUGGUGGCGGCGGCUAAAACGCGGAUGGGAACGCGCGUGCGUGACCGAUGUCGCCGCACGACGCAACAGCGACGUAGCGACGACGACGUCGACGAGGACGAGGACGAGGACGAAGCGGCGGCCGAAGAUCGCCGAGCGCACGGGUACGCGGAGAGACUACGGCUGGGUAUGGUGAGGGCCGCGGCACGGCCACAGUGUUCUAAAAGUCGGCACCACGCACGAAUCGUAUCAGGCGCGACGCAGAGCGACGAAGCUGCGUCGUCGAAUCGCGGUCUCCUGGCCACCGAUCGUGUGCGGCUAGCAGCUAGGCAGCCAGGGACAGCUAACAGUCAGCCGGCUGCUCGAUUGGCAAUCGAGCCAGUCUGCGUUUGCCGAGUCACGGGAAACUCGAGGCGACUUUGCGGAGGAACCGCUGCUGCUCCGUAUCGGUUCUGAAAACGAGCGAGCGAAUACGAGAUAAGGAGAGAGAAAGAGAGAGAGAGUGAGAGAGAGAAAGAGCGAGUAGAAGAAGGAGAACGAUAGCGAUAGCCCGAGCAAGAACGGGAACGGGAACGGGAAGGUUGUGCGGUAGCAGCGCGAGUGGGCAAAGUACGUGAGCUGCCAAUGGGAAGAGGCGCUAGAUCGAACGAAGACGAGACAAGGUGGUAAGCUUGGCGAACGCCCAUAGGAGAGGAAAAACCCUGACAAACGGAGGGGUCGCGUCGCGAGGAAACUCGUGUCGUGUCGUGUCGUGUCCGUGUCCUCGCGUAGACGAGUGGUCCGUGCGCGUUCUCGUGGACGCGUUUCGUCGGCUGGCUUGUCCGUCGAAAAGAGAUUGAUCGUUUGGUCGAUCGCGAGUGCGCCCUUCGGGCAGUAGCGAUCCGAUGUCGGUGGAAAGGAAUCGCGGAACCGUUUGGUCGGUGAGCUGUGUUUAGUGACGUAUCGGUAGUGUCCGCGUGCGCGGCAAGGACCAAGGAUCGUCGAGAAGCUGCUUCUUUAGCCAAGUUGUUCGCCAAGUGUGUGAGUGUUUUUUUGGUUGCUAGCUGAAUCGCCCGCGCGCUCCGACGCGUGCGUGUGCGUGAGAUUCGGCUUUUUUUUUCCACCGCAUCGUGGAAGAGGGAAGGUCGCGUUGCACCGGGCCCGUAUUUGGGAGCAUUCCAAGUGGCUCACCGUUCGUCGAGGGAACCGAUUAUGUUCGCUGGGGGCGAGUGAACACCGGAAACAGUCUCGCUCGACCUUCGAUUAACGGUGGAAGGUCCUCCGUUUCAGGGCACCAGUUUCACCGGGGAGGUUUUGCUCAUCGAACAAUGAGGAUGCUCGUGGAGCGAACGAUCGCUCGAUAACGAGGAGAAUGCUGCGGAAGCAAAGUCGCUGCCGAAUUGCACGGAAGCGACGCGACGUUGGUGUAAUCUAAUCGGUUCGAACGUUAUUAUUAGUGGAUCGUCGUGUCCAGAUAAGGAGCUAGGGCUAAAGCUGAAGGCUGUGGUUAAAAGUCGAAGCAACAGCUAGAGCUAGAGCUAGAGCUAGAGCUAGAGCUAGAGCUAGAGCUAAAGCUAGGGUUAGAGCUAAUACUAGAAGGAGAGACGGUGAGCUACCGCGUGAAAGAGAGGGGAGAGGAGGAGGAGGUGGAGGUGGUGGAGGUGGAGAAGAAAGAAAGAGAAAAAGGAGAGCACGCGUGAGGUCAGGAAAGACGGGGUAGGAUCGAAGCGCGUGCAAGGGAAGGAAAAAGGUCGAGGGAGAAACGAGGAAAUCGAGCGAAAACGAGGAGAAGAAGAGAAUCGAAAGAGAGAUUGGUGUAGUUCGCACAGCUUCCGGGGCUCGUGGGUGUUUUUACGAGUACGCGGUGGAUCGAUAGUUGUCUCGCGAGCUCUGCUCGACGGAGCUGCUGUGGUCGACGACGUUCCUACCGGUAGGAACGAUUCGAUUCCAAUUCGAUUUACACGAUAUCAGGAACCGGGAUCGAAGAGACGAUCGGUUCCCGUCGAGGUAGAAGGAAACUCGAGCCUCGAACCAGAGUAUCGCGCGACGAUUACUCGAAUCUUGAGUGGUCCCCGUGCUUUAUGGGGGACUAUAGCGCGACCAGUCUCUUUUCGAACAGCCUGUCCGGCACGAGCAAGUCGUCGAUCGGUAGCAGCGCCAGUACCGUCAACACAGCCGUAACCAUAACGACGUCAACGAUGCAGGACGACCUCUUAAUCGAGAAACAAGCCAGUGGCAAAACUGCGCCUCUGUCGCCGAGCACCGGCCUGGACACGGUGGCCGGGCAAGAGAAGACGAAGGACGUGGUCGAGGUCGAGAGUAUCGCUAUCGCGGCGACGACGACGCCCUCCUCUAGCGAGAAAGAGAUCGCGUGCAGCACCAGCUCGACCCUCCAGGGUUUCUCGGAAGCUGGCCGGGUACCGAGCCUCUGGUCUGCCCCGGACGAUACCGGUCUCCACGCGUUACCCGUCAACGGUUCGAUCGGGGCCUUUCAAAAUUUCCCUUCCGGUGGUCCGGCCGGUUUGUUUACCGGUGCUGGUGCGACCGUGUCGGCUGGCGCCCGUCGCGCGAUCACAGCUAGUCAUAAUUUCCCUCAACAACACGGUACCACCACUGCUCCUACAGGUAGACACGGUCUUCAAGUAUCGCCAGCGCAACAGCAGCAACAACAGCAGCAACAGCAGCAGCAACAGCAGCAGCAACAGCAACAUCAACAGCAGCAACAACAGCAGCAACAGCAGCAGCAACACCAACAACAACCAACAGCGAAUACCCAUCCAGGGGUUUAUCUUCCGGCGAAAGGUUACGCGGCUUGGUCCGGUGGACCGCAAGCCCCUCAACAAUGGGGAGCCGGACCGCAGGCUGCCGCGGUCGCGAGUCCCGGUCUUUCGCCGUGGAGCCGCGGAAGAUCGGUACCGAACCUUCCCCCGUUGCACUCGUCCCUGCACGCCGCUGCAGCAGUCGCGGCUGCUGCUGGACUUCAGGGAAGGAAACCGAGUCCAACGUUUCCCGGUCAUCCGGGACCGGCUGCUCAUCCAUCUUGCAUCAGUCCGGUCAAGUUCAGGAGGAGUACAUCCUAUCCCGGAAAGGGCAACAUAUAUCCGCCCCAACCUGCGCCCACCUUCGAAGUUACCGCCGCCGAAGAGAGGGACUUGCUUCAGUUGCCACCGUUCCAGCAGGAUCGUAUGACGGCUAAUGGAAAUUCACCGUUGGACAGUAUGAGGACGUUAGAGCAUUACUUGAGCGACAUCAUGCGAGCUGGUGCCGCGGAUACACCGGAACACGUGAAGGGGUACAUGAACUGCAAUGCCAGCACGCUGCAAUCGCUCGCGCAACUGCACGGCAAAUCACCGUUCUUCCCGAGUCUGGAGGAUCAAAGCGGAACCCUGUUGGAGGACCCGAACGCGCCGAGUCAGUUGGAUGGCGUCGGCGUUGGCGUGGGUGUCGGUGUCGGUGUCGGCGUUGGAGUCGGUGUCGGCGUCGGCGUCGGUGUCGGUGUUGGCGUCGGGGUCGGCAGCGGGAUAACCGGCUCUCAAGCAGCGCCGCUCUCCUCGCCGAGUCGGAGCAGUCCUCACAGUCAGGGCAGCGAAAACGGGGAACGUUUCUCUAGGAAAGUAUUCGUCGGUGGUUUGCCACCGGACAUCGACGAAGAGGAGAUCAAAGCCAGUUUCCGUCGUUUCGGAUCGCUGGUCGUCGAUUGGCCGCACAAGGCGGAGAGUAAAUCCUACUUUCCACCAAAGGGCUACGCUUUCCUGCUUUUCCAGGACGAAGCAUCGGUGCAACAGCUGAUCGACGCGUGCAUUCAAGACGAGGAGAAACUGUAUCUGUGCGUAAGCUCGCCGACGACUAAAGACAAACCGGUGCAGAUUCGACCGUGGCGAUUGAGCGACGCGGAUUUUGUGCUGGACGCGUCGAUGCCGUUGGAUCCACGAAAAACCGUGUUCGUCGGCGGUGUUCCGCGACCGUUGAAAGCCGUCGAGCUGGCGAUGAUCAUGGACCGACUUUACGGAGGCGUGUGUUACGCCGGCAUCGAUACCGAUCCGGAAUUGAAAUAUCCGAAAGGGGCUGGCCGGGUCGCGUUCAGCAAUCAGCAGAGCUACAUAGCUGCCAUAUCGGCCAGAUUCGUUCAGUUACAGCACGGCGACAUAGACAAAAGGGUCGAAGUGAAGCCGUACGUUUUGGACGAUCAGAUGUGCGACGAAUGUCAGGGGCAACGUUGCGGAGGGAAAUUCGCACCGUUCUUUUGCGCGAACGUUACCUGCUUACAGUACUAUUGCGAGCACUGUUGGGCGACGAUUCACUCGCGACCAGGUCGGGAAUUCCACAAGCCGCUGGUGAAGGAGGGCGCGGAUCGGCCUCGAGCCGUGCCUUACCGCUGGUGUUAACCCCAGCUGCGUUGUCCUUAAUUAUCGCGCAACCCUAGCUAAUUAACUACCACUUCUACGAACCACCUCCCCUUUAUCCACCAGGCCCUCCAACAACCGCUCGCCGCUCCUCGCCCAACCACCACCACCCACUCACCCACCCGUUCAUCCGCACUCUUCCACCCGUCCGACAGUCCGCGACUCCCGCCCCCCAGCCACCCCCUUCUCGCUUACUUACCUUGCCGAAACACACCACCCCGAGAACCACCGUCACCACCGUUACUUACCCAUUCGAUCCUUCGUAACUACCGCUAUUCUAUUACCACCACCACCAUCACUAUUAUCGAUACUCUACUAUUACCGUUCUAUCGCUACUACCACACCAUUACUAUUCUACUACCAGUUACUUCUCUACUCUGCUAUCCACUGCUACUUGAACGCGUUUACCGGAUACUCGGCGAACAAACCAACCGCCGUGUUCUACCAGCCGAUGCGACUCGUCGAAGCAAUGCACGGAGGAAACCACGGAAAGAAGCAUUCGGAGGAAGGAAUCCGCCAGCCGGAAGAGGAAGAAGCGGACGCCCGUUAUCGUCGACUUAACACUUCGUAAACGUAUUCCGUCUGUAUCGAGAUCGAACAUUCGUUAGUUACCGAAUAUUACGAAUUUUCUCGUUUCGAGACACGUUGUUGGCGCGUUCGCGGCUCGCAUCUUUCACGUUUCACCGAGAGGCGCGAGUUUCUCUUCUGCUUGCCCCCGUUCGCUCGUCUCUUUUCUCUCAGCGUUCCGGGCAAAGGUGGACAGAGAGUUUCUCGCGUCGAUCGAUCGCGAAGAUGGUGCUUUCGUACCCGACAUAGCAGAUUAUUUCUUCGCUUCUCUUCGACUCUCUUUUUCUCUCUCUCUCUCUCUCUCUCUUUUUCUUUCCUCUCCUCUCCUCUCAAUAUCUCUCCCUCUCUUCGUUUCGAUCGAGCGAGUCGACUGAAAACGGAAACUUCCUCGUCGAACGCGUCGGUAGAAGAGGCUCGUUUUCUUCUUUCUCCUGAUCGUUUGUCCUUUGUUCGAACGGGCUAGGGUAAGAAGAAGAGAAACCGAAGGACCGAGAGAGAGAGAUAACCAGCCAUGGAAAAUUUCCUUCCUUUCGUCGAUCCUCUUGUCUGCUCGAUGGCAAAGAUCCAGAGAGAGAAUCGAAGCUCCGAUUCGUCGCGCUCGGAGCCGCGGCUUCUCGUCGAUGGAUCACGGCUUCGCCGGACGAAAGAGGCGAGCGCGAACGCGGAUCGAAACGGUAAGAGAAAAAAAAAAGAAAAAGAUAUACCGAGUACCUGACAGCACCGCGAAAGUACGACGAAAGAUCGGACGAAUGGACGAAAUGGCGCGAGACGAGGCGACCUAUAAACGUUGAUAGAAUCGAGCGAAUCGUCGGGACAAAACGAUGGUAAAAACGCGGCGGAGAGUGAUAGAAAGAAAAGAAAAUAGGGACGCGAAACUGGGAGGCGAAUCAUUCGUAUUGAACGUUGAAUAGAUAAUGAAAAAAACAUCCACGCUUCGAACCGCUGUGUAUUAGAUAAUUCUCUGUAUCACAGUCUUUAGGUAUUAAGAACUUAUUAAAUAUGUUACAUAGGUGCGUUAUAUAUACAUACAUACAUACAUUAUAUAUAUAUUAUACACGUGCGUUUUUCGCGUGAGCAACGCGAUUCACGCUCCUAGGCAGAAUGUUUGGAUGAAGCAGACGAUUUUUUACUAAUUAACUUAUUCGAGUGCAAAACGUAGCGAAAAAUUAGGGAACGAGGGGAGAGCGAAAACGAAGAGAGAGAGAGGGAGAGAGUGUGCGUAAGAUAGUGAGAAUGCGCGCGAGAGAAAGAGAAGAGGGAGGGUGUGAAAGAAAGUAGAGCGGUGGAAUCGGAGGUUUAGAGAAGCGAGACGUUGAAAAAGACUCUAGUUGGAUUCGCUAGCUUUAACCGUACCAGAUUCUUUCCCAAUAACACGGAUCUUAGCACGUUUUCAGGAAAGGAAAGAAACGAAAAGGCGGUACAAAGCGAAUCUUUUUUCCAGGCGAUAGCGAGAAAACGAUUCCGCGUAUCUAAGCCUCCGCGUUCCUUUUUCGAAAAACGAAAGACGAGAACGUCUCCGUCGCGCAAGUAUACUCGAGCUAACGCUCUUCCAAGGCGAAGAGAAAGGAAAACUCGCUCGUCCGGGAAGAAACGCGGCGAUCGAGGUCGUAGGGUAAUUACUCUUCAUACGUCCGGUAGAAAAUUCCGAAGCAAACGAAACGCGUGCGAGGAGUAAAGUUCUUUUUUUUCGUGCAAACACGUUAGAUCGGUAUAGGGAAAAGGCUCGCAUGGAUCCCUCUUCUUGUACAUAAACGUUUCCUCUUGUACCGAUACAAGCCGUGUUUAACCGCGGCCCACGAUGCGCGUUUUUCUUAAUCCUAACGAAUUACUUCGCUCGAUGUAUAUAAUCAAGUGCAGCGAGGCAAUCGACGUAGUUCAAAUGAAAAAUCUCGUCUCAACGGGGGCGCGUUAUUACAGAUUCUUCUAUUCUUCGAGAGAGCAGCUAGCUGAGAAUCUUCUCGGUGGUGAUUUCCUUGGCGCGUCGUUCGCGGACAGAAGAACGAUCGAUCAAUCGAUUUACUCUUCGAGCGGGCGAAUCGUAAUCGAUUAUUCGAACGAUGCAAACGACGAGCGUGGAAAGGCCAUUUCUAUGCAGCGUUCUGUGUUCCGCUUAAUAGAUGAUCGUUCUAUACGUAGCAGCAUCUCAUCGUCAUUCGAAACCGUAAGCUCGUAGAUUAACCUCGCACCACCAGUCUCUUUGACGACACGCUCUCGCGUGUACGCAUUCGCGACACACCCCAAAAAUACCCAACACCCACAGUCUACAGUCUACAAUCUACAACACACACUCGUACAACACGCAUCUAUCGUACCGCAAACGUUGUCGUUCGAUAACGAAAUCGGUACAAAAAAAAUAAAAGAAAAACAGGUGAUAAUGGCUCGAUCUGAUACGUUGCGUACAUCUUGGAAACGAAGAAUGGAAUACACACGAAUCCAUACGUAUGCGUAUAAUUAUAUAUACAUAUAUAUAUUUAUUUUUUUGGUAAUCUUUUUGUAUAUACUCGUCACCGUAGAUAGGGUGACAUCUAGACACCGCACGUGGGACGGAUGUACGCAAGAGAGAAAGCGAACGUAUGAGUGGAAAAAAAAAGAAGCGGAUAAAGACUCGCGGGAGAAAUUGGCAUUUCGUUCCAAUCCUUCGUCCUUUCGUUCUUGAGAAUUCGUGUCGAUAACUCGGCCGCGUUUCCCGCGAGGCUACGAUCUUGCUUUCCUUCGGCUCUUUAAACGACGAACAGGGAAAGGAAGGUGGUAGGAUGAAAGAGAAACGUGGCACGGUUCGGUAUCUUUUAUCGGACAGUUAGCGAACGAUCGAUGGACGAAAGGGCUCCUCGCGAGGAAAAGUGUGUGCGCGCGAGAGGGUGACUGGGUGAGAAAGAGGGAACAGAACGACAGGAUCGAAAGUGUGGAGGAAAAUCAAGAGCAUUAGAUAGCGUAAUUUUUCAACGGUCGGCAUUGUCUCGCGUGAACGAGGAACAAUGAUAACGCGGAGUAUACGUAAACACACGCGUCGAUAUGUCGCGAAUUGAAUUUAUUAAACGCAGAUAACAGACGCGCGUUACGAUUAUACAGGUACGAGGCGGUGAAAGGAGAUGGUUUCUCGAUUGUUUCUGAAAACACGGUUCGUUUGAAAACGAUAUAAAAAGGACGUAAUUGGAACUUUGGAAUCGAACUCGAGCGAGUAAGAAAAUAAAUCGACGAACCAUCUCCGCGAUUCGUACGCUAGGUGAAAAUUGACAUGCAGUUAACUAGCACGACGUAUGCGUCCGCAACGCUUUCACGCGUGGACACACAUUUCGUACACACAGCUACACACGAUGCAGAUACGUACACACGCGAUCUCGUUCGUGCACAGAGACGAGGCUCUCCCCGUUAAUCGAUAUGAUUCUAGUAAAACUGAACUAGGUACCAAUUCACCUAAAUCAAUUGAUAAUUUAAAAAAAAGUAUAUAUAAAUAUAUAAAUAUAUAGAUAUGUAUUUCGUGAACGAGGGAGAGAGAGGAAGAGAGAGAGAGAGAGAGAGAGAGAAAGAGGGAACGAUAGCAUAAUGCCAAUACUUGAAGAACGCGUCAGGUAUUUGGACGGGAAUCGAAAUCAAGAUUUUUCUAGACAAAUUUUUCUAAUAUAUUAAAAGAAUCCAGAGUUCUCCGCCGGAUCGUGGAGCGUCUCUGAAUCUUACUAUUGGCGUUAUUCGCGCGUUUUAUACGGUAUACGCGUUAGAACAGAUUUCUUUCUCGAUUUUCGCGUUCUGGCGCGGGUCGUACCGAUUUAUGCAUCCACGUGCGCGUGCAACACACAUCACACUCGACACCUACACACAAACUUCGUAUGCGCGUGUUCUAUACGCGGGACUAUAAUCGGAUUUUCUCCUCGCGUAUGAAUGUUUGACCAAAUGUUGUUGAUAGAACGAUCGUUCCGAAUUCGUGUAACGUUUCGCGAAAUUCUUGCACGGCAUUGGUGUAUCGCUUUGGCGGCGACACACGCGCAUACGAGGACACACACACACAUGAACACGGUAAUAAUCGAAGGCGAAAGUAGGAGCGACAAAGUUUCGACGAGAUGUUCGUUCAUCGCUGGCGAGUUGGUCGGUCGCGUCGCUUUCGAAAUUGGCGUGCCUCCGCGUCGGCAAGCUGCGCCAACGAUUUUUCGUCGAUUUCUUUCCCCGGUCUCACCGGCGCGAUCGCGUGUCCCGCGAACCUUAGGUGAAAAAUUAAAUUAGAAAAUUUCAUUUGACCGACUCCGAUACGCGGACGCGGUUCGAUACGGAUCUUUAGUGAAAAUUAUUUCGCGUUUGCUCGAAGCGGACAUAUCACUCGUAAUUUUGAUACGUGAAAACGCUCAAAAUUCGUCGAUCCUCCAUUUCUCGAACGAUAUCCGACGAAAAUCCCUUUUCUUCCUCGCGGAUCCGCGAUAAUCACGAUCUCGGAGAGAAUUCGUUGAGAGGGAGAGAGCAGGCGAGAAAGCGGAGAAAUCAAAAGGCGCGAUCGAACUCGCGAAACUUCACUUUGCACGCGUACACGCGAUGAAACGCAUCUAUCACGGUGCCGCGCGAUCAGUUUCACCUAAAGUAACCGACGAUAGUAAUUCCGAUUCAACCACUUCGGCCACAGAGUUGUCGUUUGAUAUCGCCAGUAACAAAAGUAACAACAAGAAAAAUAAUAAAUAAUAUAUUAGGUAUGAUUCUUCACCUCCUUUGUAAUAUGUGUGAUAAAGCAUAAUAUAUAACGACAAUUAUAUAGAAUAUAUAUAGAUACAUAAAUAUGAA